AUGGCCAAGCUCUUUCUUGUUGCUGGUCUGGCCCUUCUGCUGAAUGCUUAUCUGGGGUCUGCCUACAAACUGGUAUGCUACUUCUCCAACUGGGCCCAGUAUCGGCCAGACCUGGGUCGUUUCACACCUGAUAACAUUGACCCUUGCCUGUGUACUCACCUGAUCUAUGCUUUUGCUGGGAUGCAGAACAAUGAGAUCACCACCAUAGAAUGGAAUGAUGUAGACUUCUACAAAGCUUUCAAUGGCCUCAAAAACAGGAAUAGCAAUUUGAAAACCCUCUUGGCCAUUGGAGGCUGGAACUUUGGAUCUGCCCCCUUCACUACCAUGGUCUCCACUUCCCAGAACCGCAACACCUUCAUUACUUCAGUCAUCAAAUUCCUGCGCCAGUAUGGGUUUGAUGGACUGGAUCUGGACUGGGAAUACCCAGGCUCUCGUGGGAGCCCUCCUGAGGACAAGCAUCUCUUCACGGUCCUGGUGAAGGAAAUUCGUGAAGCUUUUGAGAAGGAGGCUAAUGAGAACAAGCCCAGGUUAUUGAUUACUGCGGCUGUAGCUGCUGGCGUUUCCACCAUUGAUGCUGGCUAUGAGAUUCGUGAACUUUCCCAGUACCUAGAUCAAAUCCAUGUCAUGACAUAUGACCUCCAUGGCUCCUGGGAUGGCUACACAGGAGAGAAUAGUCCCCUCUACAAAUAUCCUACUGACACUGGCAGCAAUGCUUACCUCAAUGUGGAUUAUGCCAUGAAUUACUGGAAGAACAAUGGAGCUCCAGCUGAGAAGCUCAUUGUUGGAUUCCCAGAAUAUGGACACAAUUUUCUUCUGAGCAACCCCUCCAAUAAUGGAAUUGGUGCCCCUACCUCUGGUCCAGGCCCUGCUGGACCCUAUACCAGGGAGGCUGGGUUCUGGGCCUACUACGAGAUUUGCACCUUCCUGAAAAAUGGAGCCACUGAAGUCUGGGAUGCCCCUCAGGAAGUGCCCUAUGCGUAUAAAGACAACGAGUGGGUUGGCUAUGACAAUAUUAGGAGCUUCAAUGUCAAGACUCAAUGGCUUAAGCAGAACAAUUUUGGAGGUGCCAUGAUCUGGGCCAUUGAUCUUGAUGACUUCACUGGCUCUUUCUGUGACCAGGGCAAAUUCCCUCUGACCUCUACUCUUAACAAGGCCCUGGGUGUGUCCACAAGUUGCACAGCCCCUGAUGUGCCGACUGAGCCUACUGAGCCAGUGACUUCUCCUCCAGGAAGUGGAAGUGGGAGCGAGGGUGGGAGUGGGAGCUCUGGAGGAAGCUCUGAGGGCAGUGGAUUCUGUGCCGGCAAAGCUGAUGGCCUGUACCCUGUGGCCGAUGACAGAAAUGCCUUCUGGCACUGCUCCCACGGAAUCACAUACCUGAAGCACUGUCAGGCAGGUCUUGUCUUUGAUACCAGCUGUAAUUGCUGCAACUGGCCAUAA